UCAUGUGGUGUUCAUAGGCAGCGGAGAGUAUGCGGAAAGCGCAUUGAUAAACAACCCGGGCUCCCUUUGAGGACAGCACACAGCUCGGUGGUUGUGUGUUUUUUUUUUUUACAGGUUUGUUUAGUCUAGGCUCGUCCAUCAUGGCUUGGACAAAAUAUCAGCUGUUCCUGGCGGGGCUGAUGCUCACAACUGGCUCCCUCAACACUUUGUCCGCCAAAUGGGCUGACAUGUUCUCAGCGAAGGGCUGCCAUGGUGACCCUGACCACGCCUUCUCCCAUCCAUUUGUACAGGCAGUAGGAAUGUUUUUGGGCGAGUUCAGCUGUCUCGCAGUCUUCUACAUCUUGGUUUGCCAGGACAGACGCAGGCCGGAGCCGCGGAUGAACCGCGGCCAAAGUUUCAACCCUCUACUCUUCUUUGCUCCGGCGAUGUGUGACAUGACAGCCACUUCCAUCAUGUAUAUCGCUCUCAACAUGACGAGCGCCUCCAGCUUCCAGAUGCUUCGCGGAGCCGUCAUCAUCUUCACCGGUCUGCUCUCUGUGGCCUUUCUGGGUCGUCGGCUCGCACCCAGUCAGUGGCUUGGCAUCUGCAUCACCAUCCUCGGCCUGGUGGUAGUGGGACUCGCCGACAUCGCCAGUGGCCACAGCGAUGACUCCCACAAGCUCAGUGAUGUCAUCACAGGCGAUCUCCUGAUCAUCAUGGCUCAGAUCAUUGUUUCGGUGCAAAUGGUGCUGGAGGAGAAGUUUGUCUACAAGCACGACGUGCAUCCUCUGCGAGCCGUUGGAACCGAAGGUCUUUUUGGUUUUGUCGUCCUGUCCCUGCUGCUCAUCCCCAUGUACUUCAUCCACGUCGGCAACUUCAGCGACAACCCUCGGCAGGUCCUGGAGGACGCGCUGGACGCCUUCUGUCAGAUCGGACACAAGCCCCUCAUCCUCCUGGCCCUCCUGGGCAACACGGUCAGCAUCGCCUUCUUCAACUUCGCCGGGAUCAGCGUCACCAAAGAGAUCAGCGCCACCACCCGGAUGGUGCUGGACAGCCUGCGCACGCUGGUCAUCUGGGUGGUGAGCCUGGCGCUGGGCUGGGAGCGCUUCCACGGCCUGCAGGUCCUGGGAUUUUUGGUGCUGCUGAUAGGGACGGCGCUCUACAACGGACUUCACCGCCCCCUGCUGGCCAGGAUACCGUGGUGUGCCGCCAGGAUGAACCUAGAGGAGGAUAGCAGUGAUGCGGAAAGGGAGAGACUGCUGAACGACGGACGGGUGCAGGCCUGUGAAGACACAUAGAAUAAGCUGAAAGCACUGACAGCGCCACAGAAACGGCAGCUUUCGUAAAUGCUGUCCGACGUUUUUUUACCCUUUUUCUGUUUACGCCUCAGGUUUUAAUUGAUCUCGUAAAAUGCUGUAAUUGGAAUUUUUUUUUUAAAAGUAACAGUAACAGGGAACAACACUUAUUUCCUUUCUUGCUGAGAACUAAAUAGGUCUACUGACAACACUUUGACACAGACCAAUCAGUUUCACUACGUUUCAAUGAGAAAAAAAAAAUCCCACAUUGAGAAAUAUUAAAGUCACUGCUGUCGCUGGUACUCCUGCUGUCAGUAAUGUGUCCAACCAUCUUUUGCCUGUCGAAUAGCACUUUCCGGUACUCUUCUAAAACAUUUCACAAGGUUGAAUCAAGUUUUCUUACAGAAUGGAGGUCUGACAUGGCAAUAAAGAAGGUUUCCUUUUGUGCCUGGUGAACCGUUCCUGUGUUGUUUCGGUCAGACGUUUCGGACUAAUAACCUGCUGAAAGCGCCUUUUCGCUCAACCUGAUUUUCAUUUGAAGAGUCCUGGUGUUUCAAGGAGCUCACAAGAUUCCCAGAGCUUUGGGAAAAAGAAAACAAACAUUCUUUGUUUCACAUCAAAGGAGUCUGCAGCCAAAAUUCUCUCAGUCUUUCUCUAUUCUGAGGAAAACACAGGCUUCCCAUUAAAAAGCCCCCGCAGAGUUCAGCAAACUCUAAAUGCUUGCAUUUGUGAGGGUAGGAUAGAAAAGGCUUAUUUACUCACGUCACUCCAUGUAGGGAACGUUUAAAGGUUGUUACAGAGGCUUGUUGACCCGACAAUACAACCGCUUGAUGCAUUUGCCUUACAGUGAGCUUUGGAGAUCUUCUUCCUCUCUUUCCAUCUCGUCUAUUUAUCCAAUCUAAACUCGGAUCCUCAUCCACCCUGAUGACCAAUGUUUGAGAAGUCAUGAGUUAAAAGUUGUUAGAAAACCCUGAUCAAAUUAACUUGAUUGAUUCAAUUGAUUUACUUUAAUGAAACAUUUUAAACGAUUGUGUUUUGGCGGAAAUGUGGCAUUAAUGUUAGGAAGUUUGAAAAUGACUUGGGCAUUGUCAUUGUCAUUUGGCAUUUGUGGUCUUUAUUUUGCUUUGCGAUCGGUCCAAUUUGUGCUAAUAUUGGUUCCCCACACUUGAAACUGACGUCGAUGUUGUCUUUACACGUUCUGCGAGGAUCAGGGUUUGUUCUCAUCCCAAAACGUCAGACAGUUACGAUCUAGAAAUAGAAGAGAGCCGGAGAGGCUUCUACAUCACAACGCUGUUUUAAAGAGAAAGUUUUUGUGUAAGAGGUGCUUUUUGCUUCUUAGACACUCAAAAACACUUUUUUAUGUACCUCUUUCUCAUUAUUGUGAGCUUUUAGAAAAGAAACUUGAGCAGUUUCUUUGCUGUUAUUACAACAAAGAAAAUGAGAGAAAAUUACUCUCCACAUCAAACCCUUUCCUUUGUCUUAUAUUUUGUCGAAGGCAGACCAAUGUGUCAUCAUGUCUCUAAAUGAUUACAAUAUUUUUUUAAAUAUGAAAUUAGUACAUUUAGUUCAUUGUGCCAAGUUUUCUGCUUGUAUGUGAACAUACAAGUAUGCUUCCUUACAGCACUAAAUGUACUUUAGGAAAGUAUUGUUAAAUCUCUUAGUUGAGAUCUUUCCUGUAGUUAGAGAAGCAGAAAAGUUUGUACAGUAUAGAAUGACAAAGGGAACUCUUAUUAAAUUUACUCAAAUAUUGUGUUUUUUUCCCCUCAGGCAUAUUCUGUAAAAAAAAAGUACAGAAGUAAAGACUUUUUGCUUUUUAAUUUCAUGAAAUUUUAAAUUGAAUGCAUUGCGACAUCAUUUAGCUGUACAUUGACAGGUUUGAAUAUGUUGAAUAUUAAUAAAAAUGUAUCUUCAUUCAGAGUCA